AUGGCGCACGCAUCGUCGCCCGCCCGCGCGGCGUCGCGACCGAACGUCAUCGCGCGCCGAAUCGGCCGCGGGGCGAGCGUCUCGAUUCCGCGAUCGUCGCCGCCCCCGUCGCCCUCGAGGCGAGGCGCGGGAUCCGCCAAGGUGGCGCUCCCGCCGUCGCCGCGCGGCGUCGUCGCGCGCGCGUCGGAGAACGCGCACCACGGCGGGCGCGCCGCGACCGUCGUCCCCCGCGCAGCCGCGGCGUCCGGCGAGGACUCGGGCGCGGCGGCGGACGACGCCGCGGACGCGGACGACGCCGUCGCCGCGCUCGACGCCGCGCCCGCGCCCGGAAAGGUGGACUCCAUCGGCGAAGCGUUCGAUGUCGUCCGCGCGUCGCUGUCGUCCUCGUCGGUAGCGCCGAAAGGGAGCAACAAGAAGACGCUCUCGCUGAGCCUCGCGCUCGUCGCGCUCGUCGCGAUCCACGUGCGCGACCCGGGAUGGGGCGUGUGGAACGUCAUCCGCGUCGUCGGGAGUCUCAUCCUAGGAUCGGGGCUCGCGCUCAAGGGGUAUAAAUCCGGCUCGCUCGAUCUCUCCGGCGCGCUCUCCGCCGCGGCCGUGGGCUGGGGCACGCUCUACGCCGGCGUCCGCUUCGGCGUCACCCUCGGCGUGUUCUUCUUCGCGUCCUCCGCGAUGACCAAGGUGGGCGCGGACGUCAAGAGGAAGAUCGACGAGCACUUCGUCGAGGGCAAGGAGGGCGGCGGUCGUGACUGGAUCCAAGUCGCCGCCAACGGCGCCGUGCCGACGCUCCUCGCGAUGUCGUACUCGUUCGCGACGGGCGGGCCGGAGUACGUGUUGGGGUACGCGAACGCGUUCGAGACGCCGCUCGCGUGCGCGUUCAUCGCGUACUACGGCACGUGCUGCGGCGACACUUGGGGCAGCGAGCUCGGCGUGUUGUCCAAAAAACUCCCGCGGCUGAUAAUAAACCCGGGGAAGAAGGUGCAGCCCGGGACGAACGGCGGCGUGACGUCGCUGGGGUUGAUCGCGUCCGGGCUCGGCGGGCUCGCCGUCGGGUUCGCGUUCUACGUCUCCGGGCUGCUCGUGCCGCUCGUGACCGGGAACUUGAGCUCGGCGAUGCAGUUUUUAGCGCAGUGGCCGACGCUCGCGCUCGGGUUCUUGAGCGGCGUCUUCGGGUCGCUGCUCGACUCGUUGCUCGGGGCGACGAUCCAGUUCUCCGGGUAUUGCUCCGAGCGGAAGAAGAUGGUGUCCAAGCCCGGGCCGACCGUCACGAAGGUGAGCGGCUUGAACUUUUUGUCCAACAGCGCGGUGAAUUUCGUCACCGCGACGGCGAUGGCGUUGGCGGUGUAUUACGGCGUCAUCUUCGCGGGGGUGCCGUUCUGAUUCGAUUCGAUUCGAUUCGAUUCGAUUCGAGCGACCGCCGCCGCGGCGUGGGGGUGGAUGGUAUGGGGGGGUUCACGAUGGGUUGGGUUGGGGCGCGUGCGCUGUAUUUGUAUUCGUGUGCCGAUCUAUCGCGCGUUGUUGUCAUGAAGGUAUCAAUCAAGGAUUAAAAGGUCGGAUCU